AAUGAGUGUCUUCAUUCCCAAGGGCCCCAGUUCACGACUUCUUCGUCUUGCUUCCCCCCAAAUAAACCGUCCCCUAACCGCUACCUCUCUCAACCGUCUCUCCCGCCCUUCCUUCUAUCAUACCGCCAUGCCUACCCACUAUACGAUUCCCAAGACUCAACGAGUUGCCAUUAUCGAGGAAACCGGAGGAAGUAUUGUCAUCAAGAACGACUGGCCCGUCAAGACCCAGUCGGAGCUUGCCCCCGGAGAAUGUCUCGUCAAAAUGGAAGCUACCGGAUGCUGCCAUACUGAUCUCCACGCCGCCUUGGGUGACUGGCCGUUGAAAGCUAACAUCCCGCUCAUCGGUGGACACGAAGGCGUCGGUAUCGUCGUCGCAAUUGGAGACAACACUGCCAACUCCCCGGUUAAGCUCGGUGAUCGCGUCGGUAUCAAGUGGCUUGCCGACUCUUGCCUGAACUGCGAGGACUGCCGUAAUGGCCGUGAGCAGACUUGCCUGGAUGCUAAACUGAGCGGUUUCAACGUCGACGGAACGUUCUCUGAAUACACUGUUUCCUUUGUCAACCAUGUCACCCCCAUCCCUGAAGGCUACCCAUCCGAUGAGGCAGCCUCCAUUCUUUGUGCUGGUGUCACCGUCUACCGCGCUAUUAAAUACAGUCAGACCAACGCUGGCAAUUGGAUUGUCUUACCAGGUGCCGGAGGAGGUCUAGGUCAUCUCGCCAUUCAAUACGCCAAAGUUCGCGGACUCCGCGUUAUUGCUAUCGAUAGCGGCGAGGAGAAGAAGGAACUUUGCAAGAAGCUCGGUGCAGACGUCUGGAUCGACUUCAAGGAGAGCAAAGAUAUCGUUGCCGAUGUCAAGGCCGCUACAGACGGACUUGGUGCACACUCAGCAGUAGUUACAGCUGCGUCGAGUUCCGGAUAUACUCAAGCUGUCGACUAUCUUCGUAAUGGUGGUACUCUCAUGGCUGUUGGUUUGCCCGGAGAGGCUAAGCUCGAGGCCUCUAUCUUCUUCACUGUCUUCAAGAGCAUAAGCAUUCUUGGGUCUUAUGUCGGUAACCGUCAAGAUGCCAGGGAGGCCAUGGACAUCGCUGCUCGUGGCGAGGUCAAGGUCCACUUCGUCUGCAAAGAAAUUGCGGAGCUCAAAGAGUGAGGCACAACAUGCGCACGUUCGGUCCUAUUUCACUGACCUUCGCCCCUCUUUAGCGUGUACGAAGGCAUGAAGGAGGGUAAAGUCGCCGGCCGCAUUGUCUUCGAUCUCAGGAAGUAAAAGGUUGUGUUUCAUUGGAUACCACGGUUUUGGCUUCAUUUGCACGAACUUAGACCGUCAGUUUUGUAUAUCAUCACUCGCGCAUGGCUGCUUAAGGCUGCCUUUUUUUAUCAUACUAUAAGUGUACUAUUAUGCUCGGUAUCAUAGAAUCAUCUCAUCACUCAUGUUUCUUAUCGAUACGGUGUGUUUAGCGCGACUUUAUAUUUAUGUUAAUUCUUCAUGACACUUGGA